AUGAGUUUGUCAUUCAAAACAAGAGAUAGACAUGGUUAUUCAGUGAAGUUUUCUCCUUACAUACAUAAUAGACUUGCAUGUAGCUCAUCACAAUAUUAUGGAAUAGCUGGAAGUGGUACAUUAUUUAUAUUAGAUAUUAUAGUUGAUAAAUUAAAAUUGGUUCAAGUAUUUAAUUGGAAACAAGGUUUAUUUGAUGUAACAUGGUCAGAAAAUAAUGAGAAUAUAGUACUAACAGCUAGUGGUGAUGGUACAAUACAAAUCUGGCAUUUACAACAACCUCAGGGUCCUAUAAAAGUUUUAAAAGAACAUUCUAAAGAGGUCAAUUCUAUAGAUUGGAGUCAAACUAGGACAGAUCAACUGUUGCUGUCUGGUUCCUGGGAUGGUACUAUUAAAUUGUGGGAUAUUUUUCAAGAUAGAUCUUUAUCAACCUACACUAGUCAUGAGAAUAUUGUUUAUAGUGUAAAUUGGUCUCCACGGCUACCAUUUAUAUUUGCUUCAGCAUCAGGUGACCAAACAAUAAGAAUAUGGGACAGGCGGAAAACAGCAGAUGCCAAUAUGGUUAUUUCUGCCCAUCAGUGUGAAGUACUGUCUUGUGAUUGGUCAAAAUAUGAUGAGAAUAUAAUUAUAUCUGGUGGAGUAGAUGGUGUUGUAAAAUGUUGGGAUUUACGUAAACCAAAUCAUUUUAUUUCACAACUUAAUGGUCAUCAAUAUGCUGUUAGAAAAAUCAAGACUUCACCUUUUAAUGCUAAAAUAAUUGCUACAUGUUCUUAUGAUUUUACUGUUAGAUUUUGGGAUAUAUUAGAAAAUAAAUUAUUAAAAACUGUAGAACAUCAUACAGAGUUUGUUUAUGGUAUAGACUGGAAUCUUCAUACACCUGGACAGAUAGCAGAUUGUAGUUGGGAUGAAUUGAUUAAAGUUUACAGUCCACUAUCAGGUCUUUCAUCUUGA